GAGAUUGAUCCAUGUGUGGUAAAUAAUGGUGGAUGUGAUCAAAAUGCUGAAUGUACCAAAACUGGUCCAAAUCAGUCUGUCUGUAAUUGCUUACAAGGAUAUAGUGGAGAUGGUCAAAAAUGCAAGCCUAUAAAUCCAUGUUUAACUAAAAAUGGUGGCUGUAGUGAGUAUGCCACAUGUAAUCAUACUGGCCCAGCAGAAAGAACUUGCACAUGCAAGUCUAGUUACAUUGGAGAUGGAAUAAUAUGCAAGGGAAACAUCUAUGAGGAACUGCGGAAAAACACAAACACAUCAAAUUUUUUCUAUUUACUGCAGGCAAAUGUUCUUAAUGAACUUUCAACACCUGGCCCAUUCACUGUGUUUGUUCCCACCAAUGAUGCUUUGAAGAAUGAUCCACGGACAAAUGAGUGGACUAGUAAAGGGAUGAUGGAGCAGGUUCUUUUGUAUCACAUUGUGGCUUGUGCCCAGUUCACCAAGGAUGACUUUUCAACAAUUACAUCAUUUACUUCCCUGCAGGGUGAAAAGGUGACAGUAGCAUCUUCUCAGAAUACUUUUGUCCUGAAUGGAGAUGCCAAGUUAGUAUCAGGGGAAGAGAUGAUUGUCCUAACUAAUGGCGUGGUACACUUAAUUGAUAAAGUUCUUGCUCCUAAGAAAAUGCAGCAGAGAUCUACCACAUCUUAUGAUAUCCUCAAAAAAGUUGCAGAAUCAAAUGGCUACAAUACAAUGUUGAAAUUACUACAGGAUGCUGAGCUAAUGAAAUUUAUUGAUGAUCCCGUACAUCGACCAGUAACAUUGUUCCUGCCAACAGAUGAGGCAAUAAGAGACCUACCCCAGGAGCAGCGUGAUUUUCUUUACAAUAAUCAAAACAAAGAUAAGCUGACACAAUACUUGAAGUAUCACAUUGUCAGAGAUGCAGGGGUUUCAGCUAAUGACCUCCUUAUUAGGGGAUCAAUAAAGACACUUCAAGGCUCUGAUCUUAGUUUGAAAUGUGGAGACAAGGAUUCUACAACUGGGGAUAUUUUUCUGGACAAUAGACAGUGCAAAAUUGUCCAGCGACAGCUUCUUUUUGAUGGAGGAAUAGCUUAUGGCAUUGACUGCUUCCUUACACCUCUCAGUUUGGGUGGACGAUGUGACAGCUUAAUUACUUUGGAUACGUCCGGUGAUUGUGGUAUGUGCUUUAACGUUCCAAAGUGCCCAUCAGGAAGCAAACCUAAGGACCAGAAAACCAAAUGUCAGUAUGAGAUAAGCUCCAGACGGAGUAUACAAGGCUGCCGCCAGGAAUGUUCUAUGGUUCUCUGGAUGACCAAAUGCUGUAAAGGUUACUAUGGAAGAGAUUGCCAAGCUUGUCCUGGGAGCCCUGAGACUCCAUGUAAUAAACAUGGAACAUGUGAUGAAGGAUAUGCUGGCACCGGUGAAUGCAGAUGCAGCCCUGAAUUCAAUGGAACGGCUUGUGAGCUAUGCAUGCCAGGGAGAUAUGGACUGGACUGUAAACUCUGUGAUUGCAUGGAGAAUGGGCAGUGUGACGAGGGCAUCACUGGAACUGGAGAGUGCACCUGUAACAGGGGAUGGACUGGAAAACGCUGUGAAACUAAAUUAGAUUUGCCUCCAGUUUGUAAUCCUCCAUGCUCAAGAGAUGCUGUGUGCAGGAAAGAUAAGACCUGUGAAUGUAAGAAGUUUUACGAAGGUGAUGGAAGAAUAUGUAAAGUGAUAAAUCUGUGUCAGACAAAUAACGGUGGAUGUGACAAGAAUGCUAAGUGCUCACAAAGUGGUGUGAAAGUGACUUGUAGCUGUCUGAAAGGGUACAAUGGAGAUGGAACUGUCUGCACACCCAUUAACCCAUGUGCUGAUGGACUAAACGGAGGGUGCCAUGAACAUGCCAUUUGCACCAUGACUGGACCGGACAAACGUAAAUGUGAAUGUAAGGACCAAUACAUUGGAGAUGGUAUAGAAUGUGAAUUGAAGAAAGCACCCAUUGACAGAUGUAUGCAGGAUAAUGGACAAUGUCACACACAGAUGCAUUAUGUGCUGAUUUACACUAUCUAGAUACAAAGGUUGGAGUAUUUCACUUACGUUCUCCCAAAGGACAGUACAAAUACAAUUACAGUGAAGCUACACAAGCUUGCAAAGAUGAAGAUGCAACCGUAGCUACAUAUAACCAACUAUCCUAUGCUCAGAAGGUGAACUACCAUUUUUGUGCAGCUGGGUGGCUGGCUGGAGCAAGAGUGGCAUAUCCUACAGCAUACCCCAAUCCCAACUGUGGAUCUGGACAUGUUGGCAUUGUUGACUAUGGGGCUCGUGUUAAUAUGUCUGAGACCUGGGAUGUUUUCUGUUACAGAUUUAAAGAUGUGCAGUGUACCUGCAAGCCUGGCUAUGUGGGAGAUGGCUACCAGUGCAAUGGAAACCUGCUUCAAAUGCUCAUGUCCUUCCCUGAGUUCUCCAACUUCCUUCUGGAAAUCUUCAAAUACUCCAAUUCAUCAGAGAAAGGCAAAGAGUUUGUAAGCUACCUCAGUGACCUGUCCAUACAAGCAACCCUUUUUGCCCCCAGCAAUGAUGGCCUUAAUGAGAACGUGACUCUUUCUGGACGUGAUAUAGAAUAUCACAUUGCAAAUGUCAGCACAUAUUUUGGAGACCUCAGCAACGGAACAUCAAUUCAGACACGGCUGGGUGACAAACUCCUUAUUUUGUUUGGUGAAGCCUUCUCAGAUACCCAAACCAAGAUCCAAACAAUGUAUGUAGGUGGAAAGCGUAUAAUACAAUGGGACUACAUUGCUUCAAAUGGAAUAAUACACAUGAUAUCUGAACCACUGAAAGCCCCUCCUGCGCCAUUAUAUGAAGAUAAACCCUCUGUGUCUGUGGCUGAGUUUGACACAGAACCAUCAUCAAAUAUUUCCAACCCUAUGUAUGAAAGUUCCACAACAGCCACCACUCCAGCUGAGCCCACACCAGAUUCAGUAUAUCAUCCAUUUUCUGAUUCGGAUGAGCAGCAGCUUGUAACCUUUGGCGGGCGAACCAAAUGA